AUGAUUGGCCAAAUCCAAUGGGUAAUUGUGGUAACAUUAGCGAUACGGUUAGCCGCAAGUACCGACAAACGGCCACAUUUUACCACAGAACCGCCCCCUCGGGUGUUGUGGCCUGCCACGAGGGGCGCUCACGCGGUAUGCAGGGCUACAGGGCAUCCCCCACCUGAUAUACACUGGGUGACGGCUGAAGGGCAGGUCAUCACCACUAUACCAGGAUUGAGGCAUGUGCUGAGUGAUGGUCGGUUGGUGGUAGGGGCUCGUCGAUCAAUGGUUGAUGCCGGUGGUGGAGGGAAUAGUGCCAUUCUACGAUGCAGAGCUUCAAACAAGGCUGGAGUGGCUCUAUCUAGACCGGUUCUUCUACAACCUGUGGACGACAACAUCCUCGCGAACUCCGUUAAGCAGCUGACUCCGGCGAAGUUGGGGGGUUCCGUUGUUUUGCGUUGCGAUAUUUCGCCCCAAAUAGGUUUUACUGAGAUAAAAUGGAUGCAAGAUGGUCUUCCACUCACGACAGGAUAUAUGGGAACAGAUACCCGAUGGAUUUCUGGUGCAGGAGGAUUAUUGUUAGGAUCAGAUUUAACGCAAGCGGAUAUAGAAGCAGAUUAUUCAUGUAUAGCUAUCGACACACCCAGCGCAGUAUUGAAGCUUACCACAGAUGAGAGCAGUUGGUUGGAAAGUUUAGAAGUAAACUCUAUUGAGGCUCGCAUGGGAGACACAGUCAUUCUUCCUUGCGUAUUGAGACAUAUUAACCGACAUACUAUUACGUGGCAACGGCAAGACACAAGCGGGGUGUGGGUGACAGCUUCAGGCGAAGGGGUUGUUCGGAGUGGUGCGCUGGUGAUACCAAACAUCCGAUCACAACACGCCGUGAGAUAUGCCUGUUCACCUGGAUCUGAAGCGACUCCUCGUUUGAUAGUGAGACUGGUGGUGUAUGAACCACUCACCGUUACUGUAACACCGAAUCCCUUGAUGCUAGGAACAGGUGGAUCCGGUACGUUUAACUGCUCAGUAUCUGGUGGAAGAGGUGGUGGCGUCACUAUAAGCUGGCAACACGAAGGCAGACCCCUACAUUCACCUCAAGCCAAACUAACAUUGGGCCCUGUCAGGUCACAUCACGCGGGCCUUUAUCAAUGCACGGCCUAUGAUCACUCUGACUCGGCAGUUUCUGGGGCUGAACUCAUUAUCGCUGACAGACCGCCACGGCUGGUAACAACAUUUAGUGAAGCUAUAACACGUGUUGGCCAGAGUAUAGCUUUUAGGUGCGCAGCUACAGGUAUUCCGCCUCCAAGAAUCGUGUGGACGUUAGAUGACAGACCGCUUCCAUCGGCACCAGAAAAAUACACAGUAAAUACAAGAGCUGAGUCUAUACCUGGAAGUGAAGAGGGCAGUAUAAUUUCAACAUUGAACAUUAAUAUUCGAACAGCUGACGAAGGAGGUCGCUAUGGAUGUAACGCAACGAAUUCUGGUGGCUCCCAAGGGCACCACGCUAGACUAAACGUUUUUGGUCCUCCAAACAUAAGGUAUCUACCACCGAUUCAUGUCAAAGUGGAAGCAGAUGUCACAAUAAAUUGUCCUUAUUCUGGAUAUCCUGUCAAGGAAGUUUUAUGGAGGCGGGAAGAUGGAUCUAUCGUUGAGUCACCACUCGAUUCUGGUGAGGAGCGUGGCAUACUACGUUUAACUUCUGUCAGGAGUGCCGCAGCGGGCGGUUACACUUGUGAAGUAAAAGCUGAAAGUGGAGAACUAGCAAGAAGGACCGUUCGCAUUGAAGUUCACAAGCCACCGAAAAUAGCACCAUUUCAGUUUCCCGAAGAAUUAGAGGUGGGUGGAAGUACCCAGGCAACGUGCAGUUUAAUAUCUGGAGAUAAACCUAUACAAUUUACAUGGCAUAAGGAUAACUUGCCAAUUCCAUCUGUAUUAAAAGUCGAGCAGAAGAAUAUGGACUUUUUCACAAUAUUAGUGAUACAGGAUUUAAGUUCCAUCCAUAGCGGUGAAUAUUCUUGUCGCGCCAGCAAUGACUUUGGUACCGUCAGUCACUCUGCUUCUCUCAUUGUCAAAGAGGCUCCACUAUGGGUGUGGCGUGCACAGAAUACAUCUGUGUCUGCCGGUGCAGCUGUACUAUUGCCAUGUUCAGCAAAGGGACAACCUCUUCCCAGAAUAUCUUGGGAGUUUUCUACAGAAGGUGAAAAUUGGCGUCACAUCCUUUGGGGCCAGUCCGAGUCCGCCGAUGUAAACGAAGGUUCCAUUCUCUCUGACGGCACGGUUUGGCUGCGCGCGGCCACUCCGGAACACGAGGGCUGGUAUAGAUGCACGGCAAGAGUACAGCAUUCGUUCUUACACCAUAUGUUCUAUUUGGACGUCAGAGAACCCCCAAAACUAAGUCGCGGCGGUGGUGUCGGUGAAACUCAGUGGGUGGUACGUGGUACACCGGCCAGACUCACUUGUACCGUGAGAGGAGAACCGGAAAUACAUGUACAUUGGACGCACGACUCGAGACCGCUUGCUCUGCAUGGUUCUGGUGGUGUCGAGAUGCGUGACAUGGGAAAUGGGGCCAUGCUAUCUGAAAUCACGAUUACCCACGCUGGUCCAGAACAUGCUGGAGACUAUCGGUGCUUGGCGAGGAACUUAUAUGGCACUGAUGAACUGGUGUUUCGGCUUUUUGUUAAAGAGCGACCAAGCGUCCCCGAAGAAGUCCGCAUCUCCGAAGUCUGGUCAAGAAAAGCGCGCGUCACAUGGCGGGUCAUCCGCGGAGCUAUAGUCUCCCACUACUCGCUGCAGUACCGCUCCCUCGCCCGCGACCUCACAAACGCCCCGCUCAACGCUCCGCUGCCCGCCCUAGACACAUGGGACUCGCUCGAAGUUCUCAACGUCACGCUAUCUAAUUCGGAUUUGCUUCAUGUCGCAUCGGAAGGGCCGAGUCGUGCUGGGGCAUUAGUGUCCGGAUUAUAUCCUGACACUCGGUACGUGCUACGAAUAGCCGCCCACAACGACGUCGGAGCCUCCCCAUUCACUACACCUCUACACUUCACUACUAGAGAGGAAGCGCCCGGAGGGUUGCCACGCGAUAUCUCACUUCGAGCACUUCGCGCGAGAGAAUUGCUUGUCACUUGGCAGCCACCACCACGAGAAACCUGGCACGGCACCCUACUAGGCUACACGAUACGCUGGUGGGAAGCCGCCGAAGAGGGCAAAGGUUCCACUGACAACGGUUCUGAGAGCGGAGCCAGCUCUGACGCAACGAGCAGUACUUUACGCGGCCUCAAACCCGCGACCCGCUACGGGGUCACGGUCAGAGCGUACAACGCAGCUGGGAACGGUCCAACAUCACAACCGCAUUAUCGACAUACUUUAGAAUCGCGUAAGUACAUUCUUGCUUAG